AUGUUAUAUCUGCUGUUGUUUAAUGUAUGUUUAUUGCAUUAUUUAAGAGUUGUUUGUGUUACCCUGAUGGUGUUUUGUCUGAGGAUUGUACUGAUUGGAAGGACAGGAAAUGGAAAGAGUUCAACAGGAAACACUAUUCUGGGAAGAGAUGAUCAAAGCCAGAUGUGAUCCGAUUCAGUGACGUCUGCAUGUGAAAAGAGAAUUGGUGAAGUUGAUGGUCGAUCAGUAGCUGUGGUUGAUACUCCAGGACUCUUUCACACAUCACUGUCAAAUGAACACGUAGCAGAAGAAACUGUGAAAUGUGUUUCACUCUCAUCUCCUGGACCUCAUGUGUUUGUCAUUGUGUUGAGUUUGGGGAUAUUCACACAGGCUGAGAUGAGCACUAAAGAUCUGAUCAAGAAGAUCUCUGGUCCAAAAGCUGCUCCGUUCAUCAUCGUUCUGUUCACUGGAGGAGACGAUCUUGAGAAUUGGUCCAUAGAAGAUUAUGUGAGACAACAGUCUACAGAACUGAAGAAACUGAUCAGUGAUUGUGGAGACAGAUUCCUGGUUUUCAAUAACAGAGAAACACAAGACAAAAUUCAAGUGAUUCAACUGUUAAACAUGAUAGAAGAGGUGAAGAACAGUAAUGAGGGUCGAUACUUCACUAAUGUUUGA